UCUGUGAGGUCCCGGGGCACGUGCGUGCUCUCUUCCCCAGCAGGGUGAAGAUGAAGUAGUGCUCUGACCAUGGACCAUGACGCCCCCACGAUCAGGCCCCGCCGCAUCCAGAACCAGAACGUCAUCCACCGUCUGGAGCGCCGACGGAUCAGCUCGGGCAAAGCCGGCACCCACUGGCACCAAGUCCGCGUCUUCCACCAGAACGUCUUCCCCAACUUCACCGUGGUCAACGUGGAGAAGCCCCCCUGCUUCUUGCGAAAGUUCUCCCCUGAUGGGCGCUACUUCAUCGCCUUCUCCUCCGACCAGACCUCCCUGGAGAUCUAUGAAUAUCAGGGCUGCCAGGCAGCAGAAGACCUUCUGCAAGGCUAUGAGGGAGAGAUCCUGGCCAACGGCAACGACCAAAGAUCUGUCAACAUUCGGGGGCGGCUCUUUGAACGCUUCUUUGUCCUGCUCCAUAUCACCAAUGUGGCCUCCAAUGGCGAGCACUUGAACCGCGAGUGCAGCUUGUUCACAGACGACUGUCGGUAUGUGAUUGUCGGCUCUGCUGCUUACCUGCCUGAGGAGCCUCACCCUCCCUUCUUUGAGGUUUACCGCAACAGCGAGUCUGUGACCCCUAAUCCCCGGUCCCCUUUGGAAGACUAUUCCUUGCAUAUCAUAGACCUCCACACAGGCAGACUCUGUGACACAAGGACAUUCAAAUGUGACAAAGUCAUCCUGUCUCACAACCAGGGCCUGUACCUUUAUAAAAACAUCUUGGCCAUUCUCUCUGUGCAGCAACAGACUAUUCAUGUCUUUCAAGUAACACCUGAGGGUACUUUCAUUGAUGUACGGACUAUCGGCCGCUUCUGCUAUGAGGAUGACCUCCUGACUCUGUCUGCGGUGUAUCCUGAGGUGCAGCGGGACAGUCAGACAGGGAUGGCCAACCCCUACAAAGAGCCUUUCAUAAACUCUUUGAAGCAUAGGCUGCUGGUGUACUUGUGGAGAAGGGCAGAGCAGGAUGGAAGUGCCAUAGCAAAAAGAAGGUUCUUCCAGUACUUCGAUCAGCUGAGGCAGCUCCGCAUGUGGAAGAUGCAGCUUUUGGAUGAGAAUCAUCUAUUUAUCAAAUAUACUAGUGAAGAUGUGGUUACGCUGCGGGUAACAGAUCCUUCACAGCCUUCAUUCUUCGUUGUGUACAAUAUGGUGACCACAGAGGUUAUUGCCGUAUUUGAGAAUACAUCUGAUGAGCUGCUGGAGCUGUUUGAGAACUUCUGCGACCUCUUCAGGAACGCCACCCUGCACAGUGAGGCGGUCCAGUUCCCCUGCUCAGCUUCCAGCAACAACUUUGCCAGGCAGAUCCAGCGCCGGUUCAAAGACACUAUUGUGAAUGCCAAGUAUGGAGGGCACACGGAGGCCGUGCGGAGGCUGCUGGGCCAGCUUCCGAUCAGCGCCCAGUCAUACAGUGGCAGCCCCUACCUUGACCUCUCCCUCUUCAGCUAUGAUGACAAGUGGGUGUCAGUCAUGGAGCGGCCCAAGACCUGCGGUGAUCAUCCUAUAAGAUUUUACGCUCGUGAUUCUGGCCUCCUGAAGUUUGAAAUCCAGGCAGGACUCCUGGGGCGACCCAUCAAUCACACAGUGCGACGCCUGGUUGCGUUCACCUUCCACCCCUUCGAGCCCUUUGCCAUCUCGGUGCAGCGCACUAACGCAGAGUACGUAGUUAACUUCCACAUGAGGCACAGCUGCACGUAGUGCAAAACGUAGCUGGGGCAGCUGCUCUCCUCAGGUCUGGGCCUCUGCCACAGACACACCAAAGCCAGACACUCAUGCCUUCUAGGAAACCAAACCAUCGCUCACGUCAAGAAACCUGACCUGGGAGCUCCUACCAACCAGCGUCUCACCGGCCCGUCAGCUGUGGAAGGUCAAUCCACUGAAGUUAGGCCUGUGAAUGUUUCUCCUGAUUCCAUCCAUUCAUGCUGCAGAGGUUUCUGUUGCAUUAAGCACUGUUGUUGAUCCCUGUUCUUACUGAUGAACAAAGCGUAGCUGAAAUUCCCAUCUUGGUUUCCCAAAGGCACACCUGUUUUUCUCUCCUGUUAUAUGUCUUAGGAUGGCAAAGAUGGAGCUUUGCAAUGCGUGGAGUGCUCCCUUCUGCACUGAUGCUCUUCUACUUUGUUGAGGCAAACAGCCUGUCUUAGAGGGAUUGGAUAGAAGCCAUGGUGGGGGCUUAGAAAUAUAGCUACCCAUGUUUGUACCUUGAAUAUUACUAGAGAAGUGAAAUCCUGUUCUCAUCCACACAGUCUACUCACAUGAUUUUAAUAUGCAAGAAGUUAGGAAAGGUAGGUCUGAGAAAUCACUGGAAUUAGGAGAGUUGAGGUGUUUUCCUGACUCUUAUGCAAGUCACUUAAUCUUUGUGCCUUAGUUUCUGUAAAGCCCCUCAGUGAAAGGUGGUAUGUUAAUACCAGAGAGCCAGGGCAGCUGACUGUGUCUGUAGCGUAUGAGGAGGUGGGCACAGCAGAGAGAUGGGUGGUCGAGAGGGGUGUGGGGAGCAACAGCAGCUCCUUCUCCAUGUCAAAGGACUCCUUUCUGCAGAAAGGAAUUAUAUCCUUGUGGGCAUCUGCCGAUUCUGCUGCUAAGGGGAAGGGAGACUUAGCUGCUGGCACCGGUCUUCAUGUUGGCCAUGUGAACAUGGAGAAUUAGUAGCGUUUGGGUUUCCCCAGAAAGGAGGGAGGAGACCUGAAUUUGCAUUGCUGCAAGUUUGCAGUUGAGACUUUGACUUAGGUUGCUUAUGUAUCCCUGUUUGAUAUGCUGUUCUCUGUGAGAACCUGAUUUGCUGUGCCCAGGCUUCAAAGCACAGCUGGCUGGUGCAUCAUAUUUGGCUUGAUGCAGACUGGACCGCUGCAGCACCUGUGCUGUCUAUAAAUAAGCUCCUGGAUGUGAUCUUACAUACCACUGUGGGCUGGUGGGGAUGCCGUCCUGCCCUCCUCUGUUAAAAAUGUAGUUUUCAGUUGUUGAUUAACACUUGGAUUUUGCCACACACGGGUUGGUUUUAGGACUGCGUGCUGCCAGUCAUUGCA